GCAAUUUUAGACGGAAGCCCCAAUAUGCAUUAGACUGCAGUGAAGUAUGGGGAAAACAAUGACAGCUCUGACCACGGUGUAAAGCUUGAUAUUGGUGAUAGGCUGCUAUUGGACCCCGGGUCAGAUGCCGGAUCUUUAUCAAUACUAGGUGCUUCCUCUCACUUAACGAGCCUCUCCUCUUCAUCAAAUACUCACGCCUUUCCAGUGAUCUCCUUUCUGACUUUCCAAAAUUAAGGUACACGGUACACGGUACACCGAUCUAAGCUGGUCACCGAGAGGUUUUUGGAUUCCUUCUUUUGGACUCAUACAUAUCCGGUUACACGCCUACGUACCCCAUCACCUAACGGGCUUAAUACCCCGCGCCUCUGAAUGACAACAAUCGACGAGAUGGACGAAUUCUUCAACUUUGAGGACGCUGCUCAGACCAACUCCAUGGAACUGCCUGCAGAUAUUGACUUCGCUACUAUUGAUUUUACAGCUGGUCCUUACAAUCCUAACCUGGUUUUCGCCCAAGAAGAAAAUGACGAGGACUCAUUCACGUGCCUCCAGCACUUCUCCCCGCCCGGUGGACCUGGUUCAAGUUUACUCAUAGAUCCUCAAGAUGGUUCUGUACUUAAUACUGCGAUGAUGGGCCCUACCGAGUUCACGGAUUUUCCGAGAUGGAUUGAUGGAAUGAACGUCCCCUUGAAUCCUUGUGAAUAUUGCCGACGCAUGAAGAUUCAUUGCAAGGUUAUCCGGGAAGGUGUUCGUAAGGGUUCUUGUACAAGCUGUGUUGCCUUGGCUCGUACUUGUUCUUUAAAUCAUCCCACUCGACAACUCGAAAGGCCUCGAGAUACAAGAAGAGACUAUCCUUUGCUAUAUCCCGAAAAUACCAUCACAAACGAUGAUGAAUCGAAUGAUAUCGACAUUCCAACGCAACAAUCGUACACCAAGAAGAGAAUACCCUGUGAAGGUGAUGAAGAUGGUAUCUUUCCUACCGGCCCUGUUUCCAUGAACCGAUAUUGUGAUUUUGCUGCUAAAAACAUGUUGCUGGACACGACGGUCGGUAACGAUAAUACUAGACCUGCACAGAAUUGGGGUUCAUUGAGAUCUCCACUGGAUUCCCCAAUUGGGUCCUCAUAUAGCAGGCCGGCAUCGCAGCUAGGAAGCAAGAGAAACUCUGAAGAAGAUCUCACGAAAGAUGCUGGCGAGGGGACUGCGAAAAUUGGUGCUCGUUUCUCCAGAGAGUCCGUUCGUAUUCUACGCAGCUGGUUGUCAACUCAUCAUCGCCAUCCAUACCCCACGGAGGAGGAGAAAGAAAGUCUUCAGAGGCAAACUGGACUCAACAAGACUCAAAUCACAAACUGGCUUGCCAAUGCUCGUCGUAGAGGGAAAGUUCGCGCCCCGCGAUCAACGUCACCCAGUGUCAAGAAUUAUCCAAAUGGUAUUGAUAUACCUAGAAAGUCAUCACCAGCGAUGGAAGAGAUGAACCCCUUAGAACGUUGGAAAAACUCUCCUCCUGAGCACGAACCUGCUUCAGUCACUGCUAUUGCAAAAGCGGUUACUUCAUCAACGUUUUCAUCCGAUCGCAGUCUAAGUCCUCAUUUCAGCUAUGGUAAUACAGAGGAUGGAUCUGGUCGGUCGAUUUGCCGAGAGUCUUCCGCCAGCAGUUUGGGUACUUCUCAAUCUAGCGCAGGCUCAUUCGCUUCCGCAUUUUCGCAUAAGUCAAGAGCAUCCUGGGGAUCAUUCGGAUCGUUUGGCAAAGGCCAGAGGCGACGUCGGCGUCGUCAGACACCGAAAGAAGUCAAAGUCCCCAAACCUAGUGGCCCGGUAAGAACGUUUCAAUGUACAUUUUGCACAGAGACGUUCAAAACCAAACACGAUUGGCAGAGACACGAGAAAUCACUGCAUCUAUCGCUGGAGAGAUGGGUAUGCUCACCGGAUGGGCCAAAUCUGUACUGUCUUGAGUAUGAUCGGAAUCGCUGUGUCUUUUGUGGUCUUUCAAAUCCCCCGAAUGGACACGCCGAAUCACACAACUAUUCUGGCUGUGCAGAUAGAUCACUGGAGGAAAGGACUUUCUACAGGAAAGACCAUCUCAGACAGCAUCUCAACUUGGUUCAUGACGUGAAGUUUCAAACAUUCUCGAUGGAAACAUGGAAAGUCGCUACCCCUGAAAUUCGUUCGAGAUGUGGUUUCUGCGGUAUAGUGAUGGACUCCUGGAGUUUUAGAGUGGAUCACCUAGCAGAGCACUUCAAAGGAGGAAAGAGCAUGGCUGACUGGAAGGGAGACUGGGGAUUCGAAGCCCAAGUGCUGGAUAUUGUCGAAAAUGGAAUGCCACCAUGUAAGUGAUGUCUGCUCCCCUUCUCAAUAAUAUUUCUAACCAAUUAGAUCUUAUUCACGACGAACGAAACUCCCCUGAGCCAUUUUCAUCAAAACCGGACACUCGUACAUUGGAGGACUUGAUAAAAAUUGGGUUGGUCGAGUAUCUCCACACCCGUGUUCUUACGGGAGCCCCUCCAACCGACGAUGAGUUGCUUGAAGAAGCACGGAAAAUCGUUAAGCAAGCGGAAGAGUUUACGACACAACCUGGCUGCCGUGAGGUGUCCUGGUUUCGUGAUCUAAUUAUGUAUUCACACCAUGGACCACGUAGCCCAACAAACACUGGAACGGAAAAGAUGUCAUGGGCCCGAAACCCACGAGCCACAGAAACGCUAGCGACAUACAACGAAUCUGAGAAACUCGCACUUUUUGGCUGUUCCAAAGAACGACAGCUGAAGGAUUUCGUCAUCGCAAAGCAGGCGUUGGGCCUUACUCCAAUACACUUCGAACUCCAAAACGAAGCAUGCCGUAUAUUAGAUGAGGCCGAAGUUACUUCAAACUACAAGUGCAAGAGUGCACUCUCCUGGUUCAAAUAUCUCGUCAACGCUUCUAAAGACUGGCUAGCCGACUUCAGAAAACGAGCUCAUCUACCUCGCAGCUCUGAGAUAUUCUCUGAACAAAUCCGAUCCACUGAUCCUACUUCAAUCGAUUAUUCAAUACACAAUGAGCAGCGAUUAGAGAAUGAGAUGAUUGAGUGGGUCAAGAUACAACGUCUUCAAGGAAUCACACCAACAGACGCUAAUAUCCAGCACCAUGCUCGAAUGAUUGUGUAUAAGAAUGAUGAUCCUUGGAAUCAGACUGUUAUGGAUAACAAUCCUAUGUUAUAUCUGUUUAAACGACAACAAGGUCUUGCCCCUGACGAAAGCAUCUGCCCAACUAUGCCGCCACUGCAGGAAUCGACAUUGCCCACUCAACUUUCCCCAAUAACUUCUCCCGCACCGAGAGUUCUUCAUUGGGAUUUGGAGGACAUCGGGAUCGUCGUGCCCAGAGUAAGCGCCUCACCAAACUACAACGGUAAUAAUGGACACCAGAAUGCCUGCCCUGCUACCGCAAUUGAAGCUCUUGAUCAACCACUGCAUACGAGGAUACAGAAUCAACCAUCGACAAAUACAAAUUCAACUCAGCCUCUUCGAUACUUUCUCAACGAUGCAAACUGUUAUGGUCGACUCGUCCGUGAGCUGUCACGUUUUGUCACCAGUUGUACCAGUGUAAACAAUCCUAAUAGAUAUGUUAGUUUCCUCUUCUUGAUCUAUAUGACAACGAUUUACUAACAACGCCAGAUUCCAACCGAUGCUGAAAUACAAAAACAAGCGCGCUGGACAGUUUAUGAUGAUGAUGACCCAUGGAAUCAAACCGCGGCCGAUAACGAGGAAUGGCUGGUCCGGUUCAAAAGAGAUGUUGGACUUGCGCCUCCUGAAGAAGGACCCGGAUUACCAGUCUCUUCCAAAUCGUGGGCCGUGGAUCUCGGAGGCUCAGGAUUCGAACCUCCCUACAUCUAUCCUGCCAAGCCAUGCACCAGCUUGUGUGAUGAAGUGAUGAUGUUUAGCCAUGCACGCCAAGUCGGCGAUGAAGAACCCAUAAAAGACAAGGUUUACAAGAUCAAACCGGCUACUGCCCAGAAAUUCGUCAGCAGCAUCGGGACUCGAUAUCCAGCCCCUCCUACCGUCUUCUGCUCAAGAAAAUUGGAGGGAGGCUUGAACGAGUUCUUGACCGGUCAAAUUGCUUUAGGGAUAUUCCCUUCGGACGAGGACCUGAAAGCGAAGGCUCGCGAGAUCCUGGGAGUCCAACAGACGGCUGCGGAUGAUGUCCAUCUUCUCGAGAAGUUCAAGGCUAUUCAUGCGAUGAAUACGAAUCCACAGUCUGUUACUCAUGCUGGGUCAUCAUUCAGUAAUGAGGCGGAGUUACUUGCGGGCUUGGAUAACGAACUUGCCAUGUCGGGUGGCGCGCAGGAGUUGUCGAAUAUGGCUAUGGAUUUCGACAUGACAUCUCCUGGGUUCUCUUAGUAGUGGUACUACUGCUAAUUCUCUGAGACGGGAUUGGAGUGAGGGAUUUGCCGGAGCUAGCGGAUUUGGUGGUCAAGUGUUACGAAGAUGGAGUCCUCAAAAGUUUUUGUUUUCUAAGCGAGAAGCUUUUCACGAUUCUGGCAUGAAGUUACGAUUCACAUGAGCGGUUAGUUUAUGCGAAAACAUGAUAUUUAG